AGCUGGGAGGAAAAGAUGUUUGGCUUUCACAAACCGAAGAUGUAUCGGAGUAUAGAGGGCUGCUGUAUUUGCAGAGCUAAGUCUUCCAGUUCUCGUUUCACUGACAGCAAACGUUAUGAAAAGGAUUUCCAGAAUUGUUUUGGGCUCCAUGAGGCCCGCUCAGGAGAUAUCUGCAAUGCCUGUGUUCUUUUGGUGAAAAGAUGGAAAAAAUUACCAGCAGGAUCCAAAAAAAACUGGAAUCACGUGGUAGAUGCCAGGGCUGGACCCAGUCUUAAAACAACAUUGAAACCAAAAAAAAUGAAAACUCUGUCUGGAAGCAGAAUAAAGAGCAAUCAAAUCAGCAAACUGCAAAAGGAAUUCAAGCGGCACAAUUCCGAUGCUCACAGCACGACUUCAAGUGCCUCCCCUGCCCAGUCCCCCUGCUACAGUAACCAGUCGGACGAAGGCUCUGACAUGGAGAUGAGCGCUGGCUCCAGCAGGACUCCAGUUUUUUCCUUUUUAGAUCUCACCUAUUGGAAAAGGCAAAAGGUCUGCUGUGGAAUUAUUUACAAAGGCCGUUUUGGGGAAGUCCUCAUAGACACUCAUCUCUUCAAACCUUGCUGUAGCAAUAAAAAAUCUGCCACUGAAAAACCAGAACAAGAAGGACCACAAUCUCCAGUAGUCUCCACCCAAGAGGAGUGGUGACUUCCUUGGAUAGCUGCAGAAGAUUAUACAGAUCCUCUUAUUCUCUGGAAAAAUACUAGAAAAGUGACUGUUCACUUCGGACACCUGCUAUGCUGCCAAAAGACUAUUCCUUAGACCUGUUUUGGGUUUUAUUGCUACAAUUCCACAAACUCUGAAGCCAGUUUGAAUCC